AGUAAUUUGUUUUGGUAACGUGUUUGAUGGAUGAUUCGAAAUUGCAUAAAAAUAAAUCCAAUAAAACAAAUUGUGAUUGUGAUUCAUGGUUUCCACCCUCAACGAUAUGCCAUCACCAGAUGAUAAACAAUUAAUGCUUGUUGUAUAUGAUCCAACACGAAAUCAACGACGAAAAAAGAAAAUUUCCUUCAUGUAUAUAAUUCAAAUUAUCGCCUUAAUUUCCAUAUGGGCGACAAUAUUAGCAUUGGAUCCAUUUACGAUAACUGGUUCAAUCAUCGCCAGUGGAGUUGGCUAUUACUAUAAAGAUAAAUUAACCUGUAUGGUGAAGGAAUGUUGUCAUGAUCAUACGAGCGAUAAAUGGAUCGCUAAUCGUAUGGAAUGGUCCGACCUUUCCGAAGAGAUUUUCGGACAACACAUUGCCGUCAAUGUUGUUAGUAAAUUAGUACAUUUUCAUAUGAAAAAUGAAAAUCCAUCAAAACCAUUAGUACUUUCAUUUCAUGGUUUCACUGGCGUUGGAAAAAAUCAUCUAAGUGAUAUGUUGGCGAAAAGAAUCUAUCGACAAUUCAAUGCAACUGGUGCAAGUAAUUUCGUUCAUAAAUAUGUGGCCACAAAUUUGGCCAAAGGAAAUGACUUAAGCAUGUUGGCGAAAGAUAUUCACAAGAAACUAGACAACUGUGAUCGUUCAUUGGUGAUAAUCGAUGAAAUUGAUAAAUUACCCGAAAAAUAUCUGGACAUAUUGUUACCGUUUUUAGAACAUGCAUCACCAUAUAAAAAAUCAAUAUUCAUAUUCCUUGGCAAUAGCGCUGGAAGCAAUAUCAAUAACAAAGUUGUACAGCUAAUGCAUUCUGGUAAAUCACGUGAAGACAUUGAUUAUGAAGAUCUGGAAAAUAUUGUCACUAAUAAUGCGAUUAAAAUGGGUGGCUUAAAGAACUCGGAAUUGAUUACACGUGGUGUAGUCGAUUUAUUUGUACCGUUUUUACCGCUUGCAAAACGUCACGUUCGACAAUGUGUGGUCGAUAAUCUUCGUCGACAACACAAAUUCUCGGAUCCAUUUAUUGAUCCUGGUUCAGAAUUUAUUCGAAAAGUAAUGAAUAGUAUUGAAUUCAAAGACGAUGAAUUUUCCGUUUAUGGCUGUCGAAGAGUAUCGUCAAAAAUUGCCAUAUUUUUGCCCAGAAAAAAUCCACAUUGACCAAAAUGAAUUUUUUUAUAUUUAUUUGAUUAUUUUUUGUACCAUAUUUUUUAUAUCACAAAUAAAAUUUAAACAAA